AAGUAGUUGGUGAAACUAGGCCAGGGAGAGAGAGUGUGCCUGGAGCUUGCUUGCUCUGGGAGGGUAGGGGUUAGGCCUCCUGGCCUCCCUUCUCAGCCCUGCCUCGUUGCACAGGGCUGUGUUGAAUGUGCUGCUCACUUCUUUUGCUCUGCCACUCUCGCUGGAAACUGGGAUCGUCACCCACUUUCCCUGGGUGUGGGGAGAGCGAAAUGAUUUCAGUGAUAGUGCCUCGCUCUGAGAUGCCUAGAUAACGUGCAGUGCACGCACACAGGGAAGGAGGAUCUGGUUUCUCACGGCCACCCUCACGUGGCUGUGGAGAUGGAGAAAAAAUACCAGGUAAGGUGGCCCUGGCUCCCCUAAGGACGGCAUUGUCGUAUCACAAUGACAUACCGGAGCGCCUCGAUGACUGGCCGUGCUGAGUGGCCCGUGCUUCCACAGCAGGGCUGUGCUCACCAAUGAAAGGACUGAGAGCCACCUGUAUCUCUGAGUGCAAAUUGCCUUAACAAAGCCGGGGCUGGACAGAUCCCUCUGUCACUAGGCCACCGGGCAGGGUUUCUAGGGCCGGAAGUCCGGCUGCCUGCUCUCUCCUCAGUGCCUCAGAGCAUGGGCGAUGCGUCUGUACUGGCGACCUUCACGAUUGUUGAUCCUUGAAUCUGCCCAGUGUCUCACUUCACAAGUCCUAGGGCAGCAGGGGAGCGCGGAACCUACUCAGAUCUACAAAGGCAACUGAAGAGAGUUAGCUAUGUUUUCACAUAAGGCUAUAUUCUGUGAGGUUUGACCACUCCAAAAAUAAUUACCCAAGACUCUCCGUGUUCUUUAGUCUCUGUCCGUGACUCUUCUUUUGUCCCAGAUGAAGUAGGAUGAGCAGAGCAUGCCAACUGCUAGGACUGCUCUAAACGGCAAACUCGGAACAGAUCUGACGUGGAUGACCUGGGCAUUCCGGUCUUAAGCUGGAGUGUCUGAAGGAAGUGCCGUCCAGGUGCUUUGCUUUUUGUUCUCCCAUUGUUGGAGAACUCUCCCCAGAUUCAGGAAUGUUCUGCUGGGUGUGGAGUGUCCCUUGGACACCUGCGGCUAUCACAUGCAGCCUCCUCUGCCCGGGCCUGGUGUCGGGCCCUCCUGGAGCCUCGGCCACCGGGUCUGGCGCAAGAUGAGGGCUCCCGCGGCCAGGUCGGCAGUUGCUUUCAUGUGGGGCUGCAGGAUUCCUCCUCCAGCCCUCUCCUCCCACAGUCCUCUGUGCUGCCCAUCCUCCCGCAGAAGGGGUGGACAGAGUCGUUCCUGGUGGCCACCUAGCUGGCCAUGCAGCCACCACGGAGGCCACAUUUUAGGGAAACUGAGAGGCCUGUUCCUCUGUUUAGAUGUGACGUUUCUGCUCUUUGUAACUUACCCUUGGAAUUGCCGAUGCAUCGAGGCUUGGGAAGUCUUUGUGAUUUAGAAUCCUGUACUCCAAGGAAGAAUUUUCUUUUGAUGUCUUCGACCCUUAGUUCCUGAAGAAGUUUUUGUAGUAUUACAGGGACAGUUAGAAUUUGAGGAGAUAGCAUGAAAAUUAUAAACUUCAUACCUCUGUGAGUUAGUCACAUGAUAAUGUAGGCUAAAGAAAAUAAGAAACGUAUAGAUGUGUUUGUAAAUUGAUGUUGAUUUGGUAUCUCUUUCAUCCUUCUCUCCCAGUUUCAUGCAGAUCAAUAGUAAUACUCAUUACUGUUGGAGAACUUGCUGUAUAUCAGGCAGUAAGUUAUUUGCUUCCCAUGGUUCUCUUUAAAUCUUGAUAGCAAUUCUAUGACGUUGAUGAUGUUGUUCUCAUUUUACAGAAGUGCAGAACUGCUCAGGGAGGUUAAAUAACUUGAAAGCCUACAAAACCAGAAAAAUGGUGUACGUGGAAUUUGAACCAGGCCUAGCAAACUUUAGAGAGCUUGGCUGUUACAUCGCACUUGGUAUCUUUUUUGCUGGGUGCCUGGUAGGCUCAAGGCAGGGUAUUAUUGCCACACGGUAUAAAAAUGAAAUCAAGAAGCUUACCAUGAUGUGGAGCAUAAGAUAGAUAUACAAGCAAUAAUAUAUGGACACAGUGAGAAACACAGUGAGAAAGUGUUACCAAGAAAGUUCAAGUGAGGUGCCUUGGGGUUAAGGAAGAGGCUGAGAUUAUACGUACUUAACUGUGGUCAUUCAGGAAAAGGUCACAGAAGUGGUGUGCUUGAAGUGGACUGGCAAAGUCUCACCUGUUGGAGGUGGUAAGGGAAAGAUUUGUGGCUGGCAGUGACCACCAAAUGCCCAGGCCAAUAAAUGAGCUCCUAAAAAGACAAUUAGAUUGUAGUAAAUAUAUAAUGCAUAUAUGUGUAUCAUAUACCAGUGUGUAUUGUGUGUGCUGGAUAUACUUACAUUUACAUUCUUUGUAAAAACCUUAUAUUCUGUUCAAAAGCAAAAGGCUAGUGAUUUUAAGUAGCAGUGUUGUCCAAACUGUGUUCUCUAGUUUUCCUGAGAACAAGAACACCUCUAAGCAAUACUUAUUAUUAAUAGACAUUCAUGUUUAUACUGGCCAGGUAGGAAUGAGGUGUUGUUUUUUGCUUUUUUUUCUUUCAGGCAUCUGUGAAUGGGGCCACUCCCUUUUUAACAUUUUUAAAAAAAAGUGUCUGCUUUUGUCUAGCAUGUUGAGACGUUAGACUUCCUGUUUCUGCUUGAUUUUGAAAAUAUCUCCUGUUUGCCUAUCGCAGGUAAUCCUGUGUUCUUGUCCGGUCGUAGUUUAUGGGUCGCAAGUGCAGGCAGCGACCAGUCCGUCCCUGUUGUGGACGUGGAGGCCUCCCUGGACUCACAGUUAAAGGCUACAUAAUGUAUUCCACUACAAGUGACGAAACCCUGCUCCCAGACUAACAAGCAAGACAACUUUUAACGUGACUGUUGCUGACCAGUGCCUUCUGUGCGUUUGUCUGGGAAGCUUGUGGUGGAUUUUUCAAAAGGAUGGCGUAAAUCAUUUUACGUUAUUCUUGGGCAGGACUGAGUCCCCCGAAGGUGAUACAGGCGCCAUAGCGAGCGCAUCAGCAGGGUGGCCGCGUUUGUUCCUCAAGUCUGUAUGACUCAACCAACACUGUGGGAUUGUCCUUCUGACUGAGCACGGGAAGAAAAUGCUAAAGCUUGUGGCCACAGAUGUCUUUAAUUCCAAAAACCUGGCUGUUCAGGCACAAAAGAAGAUCUUGGGUAAGAUGGUGUCCAAAUCCAUCGCCACCACCUUAAUAGACGACACGAGCAGUGAGGUGCUGGACGAGCUCUACAGGGUGACCAGGGAGUACACCCAGAACAAGAAGGAGGCCGAGAAGAUCAUCAAGAACCUCAUCAAGACGGUCAUCAAGCUGGCCAUUCUUUACAGGAAUAACCAGUUCAAUCAAGACGAGCUAGCACUGAUGGAGAAAUUUAAGAAGAAAGUUCACCAGCUUGCUAUGACCGUGGUCAGUUUCCACCAGGUGGAUUACACCUUUGACCGGAAUGUGUUAUCCAGGCUGCUGAACGAAUGCAGAGAGAUGCUCCACCAAAUCAUUCAGCGUCACCUCACCGCCAAGUCACAUGGACGGAUUAAUAAUGUCUUUGAUCAUUUUUCAAAUUGCGAAUUUUUGGCUGCCUUGUAUAAUCCCUUUGGAAAUUUUAAACCUCAUUUACAAAAACUUUGUGAUGGUAUCAACAAAAUGUUGGAUGAAGAGAACAUAUGAGUGUGGGAAUUGAGGUUGUGACUGAUCACAAUUCAUUUGAAGACGGAGCACUGCUGAUUUAUGAAGGAAAACAAGAAGAAUUUUCUAAAGAUUACAGGAAGACAUUGCCCAAUUCAGUUGUCAGACAUUAUUGAUAGUGCUUUUAUGAAGCUUGUUUUAUUUGAAGAAAAGCAUAUUGCCAAAAGUUCUGGCUAAAAGCUUCCUGAUGGGUAACAGAUCAUGGGAAAGAUGUAUGGUUGGGUAAUGCAAAUGUAUAGUUAUACAAAGGAAAACAUGGAUAGCUCCAGACCUCAAGACAUUUUUUAGGCAGUUGGUAGCACAUUGGAUAUUUCUAACAUGUACAAAGUUAUGUAUUUUGAUUCACUUGUAUUCCUUCCUAUGUAUAUGUUACCUCUUUUGAAAAGCCAAGAGCUUUUUCUUGCUGUUAUUACUCCUUUUUGAAACAAUUCCAUUUUCAAGUUUACCCUUGCUUGAUUGUUCUGUUAAAGAUUGUGUCAUUGACAUUCAAGAAUUUAGUCUGAGGCAGUACACUUUAACCCUCAGAAAAACAGAAAACUACUUAUCUGAAAUCAAUACUGUGGAAAUGAACUGUAUUAGAUAUUAUGAAUAAUGUCAAUUAUAAAAAUAUGCUUCUGGAAUCAAAUCCUGCUUUUAAGAACCAAUGGUGAUACUUAAAUUCCCAAAAAUGUAAUGGCUUUGAAAUGCUUGCUUAGGGUUUAAUUUUCAUGUUAUCUUGAAAAUGUUCUGAUGAAAUCAUGUGUUUUUUUUUUUUUUUAACAUCCAUUUCACAUGUAAGAGACAAAGAGAACAUCUAGAUUGGUCUUGAUAUUGGGAUGGUAAGAAGUAAGUAGCAAUAAGAAAGAUAGAACAGUCUUCAUUUUAGAGAUGAACCCAUCAAAAUAAUUUGGGGGGACAGACAAAAGGGAAGAUAGGAUAUUGUGAAAGAACAUGUGCAUUUCAAUGUUUAAGAAAGUUUGAUAAAUAAAGAAUGUCACUUUUUUAUUUAA